AUGGAUUGGAUAAGUGAGUUGCCUGAAGAUCUCCUCUUGAGGAUAUUGUCUUCACUUAAUGCUAAAGAUGUUGCCGCCACAAUGGUUUUGUCAAAACGAUGGAAAUUUCUUUGGAUGCUUGUACCAAAACUCAUAUACGACGAAGAUAUCUAUGGUCAGAAGUAUGAAAGUUUUUCGCGCUUUGUAUACAGGUCUUUGCUCUUGCACGAGGCUCCACAUCUACAAACUGUGCAUUUCAAACUCAGUGAUAACCGUGGUGAUGUAGAUAUCGGAGUAUGGAUUACAAACGUAGUCAAACGCUGGGUGCGUGAGCUGAUUAUCGAGAUUGAUUUACGUUCAUCCCGAGUCACACUUCCUGUGAGCUUGUAUACAUGUUGCAGGAUGCUUGUGACGUUGAAACUAAGCAACGUUACUCUUCGUGAUGCUUCUUGCUCGUUUUCUUUUCCAUCUUUAAAAAGUUUGAGUCUUUUAUCCGUCAAGUACCCUGGUGAUGAAUUUGUCAAGACGUUUCUGUCAAGUUGUCAUGUUCUUGAAGACUUGCAUGUGAAACAAUGUCUAGAUGACAAUGUUACCGUUUUCGCCGUGAGAGUGCCUUCUCUAAAGAGUUUAUCAUUGCAUACCGAUGAUCCUGAUUCUGAUUCUGAUCCUGAUGAAGAUGAAGAUGAAGAUAGUGGGUUUGUGAUAGAUGCUCCUUCCUUGGAGUGUUUGGACAUUCAUGAUCAUAGCGGUGAGUUUUGUAUCAUUGAGAAUGAUAUGCCUAAGGUUUUAACGGCAAGUGUGGACGUAGGUUAUUUUGUUCCUGCCAAGAUUCUUGGUUCUAUUAUUUCAGUGAAGCAUCUCGAUAUUUGUUUAGCAGAUUCAGAGUAUCCUUUUGGUAGUGUCUUCCACAGUCUUGUUCAUUUAAAGAUAUGCACGUGUCACCCGGAGUGGUUGGAACUACUCAUGUGUUUGCUAAGAGCAUCUCCUAAUGUACAAGCUCUUAUAAUGGACCAGCAUCAUCAUGAACUUUGGGAUGAAGACUCGCGCCCGAGCUGGACCAAACCGAGCUCAGUUCCUGAAUGCGUGUUAUCGAGUCUUCAAACUCUUUGGGUUGCCGACUAUGAAGGAACAGAUGUAGAAAAAGAAAUGGUGGCAUAUAUCUUAAGAAAUGCCAAGUGUUUAAAGAAGGCAACUAUCUCCAUAGACCCUUGCAAGAAAAUUGAGAUGGCCAAGGAGUUGUUAUCUCUCUCAAGGUGUUCAAGCACAUAUAAUCUUAAAUUUGACUGA